CAGUGGCAGAUACAGGCUUAUAUUAUUAAGUCCUCUCCCUAGCACCGGCAACAAACAAAAAAAACAAAAUCAGAGAUCCGCCGGAUCUGACGUCAGAGGACGUGACGUCAGGUGAGAGCAUGAGGGUUUUCUGUUAGGCCGUUUAUGUAAAUGUACUGGACGUUUGAUUAAAUUAUUUAAGGUCAUGUUCAAUGAACUCUUAUUUAAAACAUUUUCUAUAGACAUAAGAAUGAUCUUGUUCACCUUUUUGUUGCCUUAUCUUUUUCUAAGCGACGCGAGGCAAGAGAAACAUUUCCUCCACUACAAGUUUGCAGCACUUUGCAAAGCAAACGCAUUUCCUGAGUUCAAAACUGUGAGUGUGUGUGAUGACAGACAGAUCGCUCAAUACAGUAAUGAAGAAAGAAUUUGGAUAAAAUCGAGUCUGAUUGAAGAUGACUGGACUGAAGCUCCUGCAGAACCACCUGAGCCUAAAGAGUGGUUUCUACAUCAGAUGAAGACUUUGUCAAACUGCACUGACUCACACUAUUCUGAGCUCCAUGUUCUUCAGAGAAUAAUUGGCUGUGAACUGGAGAAAUUUCCUAAUGGAACAGUGAGUCUGAGAGCAUUUGAUGAAUAUGGAUUUGACGGAGAGGAUUUUAUUGCUUUUAAUUUUGACACUAUGCAGUGGAUUGAUAAAAACCCCAAAGCCAAAGAAACCAAAAUGAAAUGGGACCUUCAUACUGAACGCAACCAAUUCCUCAAGCAAUACCUCAAGACCUGCACUGACUGGAUCUCCACGUUUCACAACACAAAACAGACUAGACCAGAUGUUCAUGCCUUUGUGCCGAAAGUUUCUGAUGAUCAAAGUAAGCUGAAACUGACCUGUAUGGCCACUGGUUUCUACCCUAUGGAUGUUGAGGUGUACAUCACAGUAGAUGACUAUGUCCUUAAAAAUCAAACAUCAUCUGAAAUCAGACCAAAUAAUGAUGGAUCCUUUCAGAUGAUAUUCAGUGUGGAGAUUGACACAAAUCACAGUGGAUAUUACAACUGUCAGGUCAUUCACAACAGUCUGACUCUGAAACGACAGGUUCUGACAUUGUGGGCUAAAAAUCACAAUACAUUUUGUGAAUCUCUAUGGUGUGUUAUAGCAGAAAUAAUAGCAGCAGCUGUAGUUUUUGUGAUUGUUUACUGCAUCUACCAAAAGGUCAAAUGAGCCCAGGAUUCAUCCGUGAAGAGAACACCCCUCCACAUUCGACCCCAUCGAAUGUGAGCAUUUACACGUGGUCUGUGGUUGUGAGGCCGGUUGGAUGUACUGCCAAAUUCUCUGAAACGCCUUUGGAGAUGGCUUAUGGUAGAGAAAUGAACAUUCAAUUCACGGGCAACAGCUCUGGUGGACAUUCCUGCAGUCAGCAUGUCAAUUGCACGCCUCCUUAAAAACUUGCGACAUCUGUGGCAUUGUGCUGUGUGAUAAAACUGCACAUUUUAUAGUGGCCUUUUUUUGUGGCCAGCCUAAGGCACACCUUGGCAAUAAUCAUGCUGUCUAAUCAGCAUCUUGAUAUGUCACACCUGUGAGGUGGAUGGAUUAUCUUGGCAAAGGAGAAGUGCUCACUAACACAGAUUUAGACAGAUUUGUGAACAAUAUUUUAGAGAAAUAGGCCUUUUUUGUACAUAGAAAAAGUCUUAGAUAAACACUGACAGCUAAAUAGACUUAAUUCAAAUUUAAAGGGCUUGCACAUUUGAAAUAGCAGGCGAAAUUGUAGAGAAGCAAACAGACAUUGCACAGCAAACAGAGAAACAUAAAACAUAAAAUUACUUCAGGAAUUCAGUGCUAGUUUGGACAACAUUGUCUUCCCUCCUUUUAAGUUGCAGUAGAAAAGAGUAUGUAUUGUUUUUAUUCCACUACAUUGACUAACGUUGGAGAUCAGAUAGCAGGGGCGUAAAAUACUUGAGUAAUUUUACUUGAUUACUGUACUUAAGUAUUAUUUUGGGGGAUUUGUACUUUAUUCUUUUAUUCUUUAUUAUUUUAUCUUAUGCACAUUAAAUAUGGUAAACAAAAGGUCAAACGUGCGUGCCAUCAAAUCUUCCCCCCAAAAAGUUUAUUCAUAAUUUCUGUUUUGAUAGAUUCAUUAGCUGUGUCAUAUAUUGGGGGAAUGCACAAGUUUGAGUGCAAAUAUUUUUUUUUUUUUUUAUUAAAUGUUACAAAUCUCCAAAAAAAAAGUUUAAAUGAACAUUGUAGGUUAAAUUAAUUGUAAUUCAUGUUUAGUGAAGUUUUUACCUGGUAGUGGAUAAGUAUGUCAUUAUACAACACAUUGAGUAGAAAUAAGGACUUUCAAUAAAUAUAUUUUUUUAAUCUUAAUAAUUACAUGAUUUGCUCCUUAAUUAAUCAAAUUAGUCACAAGUUAUCAAUAUUUGCUUUAAUUGCCCAAAUAAUCGAUUAAACGAUGUUGUCAAAAUGUUUAAAAAUGCUGGUGUAUGUUUUUAAUUCUAUGACUCUCCUCAUUAAUUCAACAAGUUCUUGUAUUAAAUGUUGUAUUAAAUGUAUAAAUGUUUCUAGCCUCUGCAUCACAUCUUGUCUUCAAAGAGAUACUUCACCCAAAAAUGAAAAUUCUCUCAUCAUUUUCUGACACUCAUGUUGUCCCAGAUGUUUAUGAUUUUCUUUGUUCAGAUGAACACCAGCAAAAAUGUUUAGUCUGUUUAAUGCAAGGGGAUAGGACCACUUCAAAAACCAUACAAAGUGAACACAACAGUCAAGUUUAAAAUAUUAGCAUUUGUAUUUUUCUUAUGUUGCACUUAAGACGCUGAUUCACUAACAGGAGUUGUAUGAGGUACAUAUUCACUUUGUGUAGUUUUUGUGUCCUUUUUGAUGUCUCAUACACUUGCAUUAUCCCCCUUAAACUCUUAGUUUGUGUUUAUAUGAUGAAAGUCAUAUGGGAUGGCAUGAGGGUGGAAACGAUGGAGUUUCACUUUAAUCGCUUUCCCUGUAUUUGUGUGUGCGUUCGGCUGUGUUGCAUUUUAAUUGUCGUUGUUGUACUAGAUAUAUGUGUGUUUGAGCUGUGCCAUUGCAUUUUGUUUCAUUUUCUCCCUUUAACCAAACAUCUGUAUGUCUGUCAGGAAAAAAGUAUACUUCUACUUUUUUAAUACUUGACUACAAUUUAAAGUUGUACUUUUAUACUUUUAUUCAAGUAUGUUUUGGCCAGAUACUUGUACUUUCACUUGAGUACAAUUUUAAAAGUACUUUUUACACCUCUGUCAGAUAGUUUACGCUAGAUUCACUGUUAGAUGCGCUUGAAAGGCAAUCUACCUUAUGAACAGUUAA